AAGUUGCAUUCUUGGAUUUGUCACAAUUUUAUUACCCUUGUUGUCAUUUUCCUCUCAAUAAUUAAUUAAAAUUUGGUUGCUUCCCACUCCACACCACAAACCAAACCAAAAUUGCCUCUUUCUUCCCACCAUUCAUUCACUCAUUCAUCUCUCGAGUGUCAUGUCACCCAACAUCUAGUCGCCAUUACACCACUCGACGGACCUCAUGGCGGGAACCGCCCAUUUACUCAUCCUCACGCCGCACUCCGCCACCACGUCCUCAUUCCCCCGUCGAAGUCCUCAAUUUCUCCCUUCCCGCCGUCAUCUUCACUCACCUGUCAAAUCCCUCACUCCACGCCCUGGGGUUUGUAUCCCAUCUCCCUUCAGAGCAUCUGCUCAAUCCCAUCAGAUGGAUGGUAGUGAUAGUGGAAGCAAAGAGACAAAAACACCGAGUUGGGUGGAACCCAUUUCGAGAUUCGCUAGGGGCAAUGUUUUACCCUUAGCUCUGAUUUCUGCGGUGACGUUAGGAUUAACAUAUCCUAGUCUUGGUUGCGCGGUUGACAAAUAUCAUGUGUCGAAAAUUGGGCCGUUUGGAAUUUUUGUUAUCUCAGGGUUGGUGUUGCGAAGUGAAGAAAUUGGUGCAGCUGUAGAAGCAUGGCCUGUUGGACUCUUUGGGCUAGUAUCUAUUUUAUUUCUUACACCAUACUUUUCCCGGAUAAUAUUGCAAGUUCAGCUCCAACCCCAAGAAUUUAUUACAGGGUUAGCCAUAUUUUGCUGUAUGCCAACUACAUUAUCAAGUGGUGUUGCACUUUCCCAACUUGCUGGGGCAAAUUCUGCACUAGCUCUUGCAAUGACUGUAAUAUCUAAUUUGUUAGGAAUAUUAAUCGUUCCAUUUUCCAUCACAAAAUUUGUAGCUAGUGGAGUUGGAGUGGCUUUACCCACCAAGCAGUUAUUUAAAAGUCUUGUUCUUACCAUAUUAUUCCCCCUUAUUUUGGGAAAGGUUCUUCGUGAAUCUUUUAAAGGUGUCGCUGACUUUGUUGACAGAAACCGUAAGCUUUUCUCAGGGAUCAGUGCAUUUUUCCUUAGCCUGGUACCUUGGACACAAGUGAGCAAGUCAAGGCCACUGUUGUUAAUCGUGAAGCCCAAAGUUUUUCUUGUAGCCAUUGGACUCGGACUACUUCUUCAUUUGACCUUAUUGGUAUUCAACAGCAUUGCUGUCCAGAGUCUUUCAAUUAUCUCUGGUGGUGAAAAAUCAACUUUUUCCCGCAAAGAAAAUGCCAACGCGCUCAUAUUAGUCGCAAGCCAGAAAACAUUACCAGUAAUGGUAGCAGUUAUCGAGCCACUUUGUGGUGCAUUUGGAGAAUCCGGGUUACUGGUUCUUCCUUGUAUUGCAACACAUCUAAUCCAGAUUAUUGUGGACUCUUUUCUCGUCAACUUCAUGCGCCGCAAAAACAAUGUUAAGAUGGCUUAAGGAGAGGAAAUUUUAUUCAUUCUGGCAAUCCGUCCCAGCAUAUUGUUUCCAACCUUUAGUUUCCUUUUUACUACAGCUCACUUACAGGAUUUGUAUUUAUAUCUCUAUCUUUAUACCAAGGUAGUGGACGUUCAAACA